AUGCAGUUCCUUGUAGACCAGUUCGAGAAGCACAGGGACAAAGAGGUCUACGCCUGCGAAUAUGAACCGGAAAAGGCUAAAAAGGGAUAUGAUGCCGUUGGGAACUUCCUGUAUUGGAAAAGGAUGAAGAAAAUCUAUCCGUUCGAAGUGAUCGAUGGAACAUCAACUGCGCUUGAAUAUGGGGCGGGAAAGAAGCCAUAUGAUAAGCCGUAUCUUCCCGGGGCCGUUGAUGAGUCGAUUCCAGAAACUGAAUAGGGAGGAGGAGUUUGGCCCGGAAGUUGUGUGAAGGUGACGCUUGAGAUAUAAAAAUGU